AUGCCUGCGCCUCUCUCACUAGACGAAGAAGCUCGGCUCUAUACGACCAAUGCUGAACGCGAGAAAUACGAGUCCCUCGCCACACUGUAUGGAAUCAUAGUCGCACUCGAUUAUCUCGAGCGAGCGUACGUCCGUGAUUCAGUCACCGCUGCCGAGUACUCGCCAGCAUGCACGCGGCUGCUCUCUCAGUAUAAGACCAUGUUGAAGUUAGUGGGCGAUGAUGUGCCCAGUGUAGAGGCUUUCAUGUCGCGAUAUCGAAUGGAUCACCCUGCUGCCCUUCACCGUCUGAAGGUAGGCGUCCCCGCCACAAUAGAGCAUUCGAGUGAGGCCGGUCCCGAGACAGGGAAAUGGGUGGCCGAAACCACGCAGAGCUUUAUCACCUUCAUGGACGCACUCAAGCUUCGCCUCCGUGCUAAAGAUCAACUACAUCCCAUCCUGCAAGAGCUGGUCACCGGAUACGCCAGAUUCAAGGGUAGCAAAGACUGGGAGGGGCGUAGUAAGAUGGUUGGAUGGCUGAUCACACUGAACGCGAUGAAAGCGUCUGAGGAGAUCACAGAGGAACAGUCACGACAGUUGUUGUUUGAUGUCGACCACGCGUAUGCUGAGUUCUUUAGGAGUUUGAGUGGGAAAGAGGACUCGUCGUGA